CGCCAAUGAAAACCAAGGAAGUAGAAGCUAAACGCGGAAGUUGACAACAUAACAGUCAAGACGACACGAGGCAAAUGGCGAUGGCGAUAAAGGGUAAUGGAAUGGCUUCAAAAGUAUGAAAGAGUUGAUAAAUACAAGACGAUUAGUGACUGCUGACGAAAUUCUGGGGUGUUUGAAAGAACAAUGGCGUCGGGUGAGGAAGAACUGUCUCGCACAGGAGAGGAGAACGAGCGAGAACAAUUGGAGGUUUGCUCGACUAACAUUUUGCUUCACAGUGAAGACGGCAAACAGCUGAUUGGGCGUCAAGGAUAUCCCCGGCAGACACAGGACGGUAGCUCAACUUUGAAGCAGGAGGAUCCACAGCUUCCCAACGUUAAAGAGGAGGAGAACCUCUGGAUUGCUCAGGAGGGAGGUGUGCCUGUGAAGACUGAAGACCAUGAAGAUGCUCAGAAGCUGUUUGGACGUCAAGAAUGGAGACACACUUUAAAUCGUAAGGAUCCACGGCCCCACCACGUUAAAGAGGAAGAGGAGGAACUCUGGAUCACUCAACAGGGAGAGUGUCCUCUAGAGCUGGAGGAGACCAAUCUCACCAAGUUGCCGCUGACAAUUGUCUGUGUGAAAAUUGAAGACGAAGAAGAAAAAACACCUGAGUCCUCACAGCUUCAUGGCAGUCCAAGUGAGGAGAAGACAGGGGCGGAGUCUCCAGGCACGUUCUCACCACAACACAUGGCAACAGGAUCUGAUGAAGACCACUGUGGAGGAUCACAAGCAGACAACCUCUUAGCGCCGCUAUCAGAUAGUGACGACAUGUCACACUCCCCUGAUGAUGAAGACCGAGUCGACAGCCACGAAUCUUCGAGCAGCGAUGCAGACUGUGAAGGUGAUAUGAGGGCUCAAACUGACAGACUCUCUGAAGAGAAAAGAGUUAAAGAAUGUUUCAUUUGCUCAGUUUGUGCUAAGACGUUUACUAAAAAGGGCACUUUGACUCGACACAUGAGAACGCACAAAGGAGAAAAACUUUUUAGUUGCUCUGUUUGCGGUAGACGAUUCUCUCGAAAGUCACAUAAGGAGUCUCACAUGAGAACGCACACAGGAGAAAAACCCUUUAGUUGCUCAGUUUGUGGCAUAACAUUCUCUCAAAGGUUUUCAAUUGUGUCACACAUGAGAACACACACUGGAGAAAAACCCUUUAGUUGUUCAGUUUGCGGUAAACAAUUCUCUCACAACAGUAGCAUGGUAAAACACAUGCGAACACACACAGGAGAGAAACCUUUUAGUUGUUCAGUUUGUGGUAAAAGCUUCGCUGUGAAGGUAAACAUGGUGUCGCACAUGAGAACGCACACCGGAGAAAAACCCUUUAGAUGCUCAGUUUGUGGGGAACGAUUCUCCCGAAAGUCAAACAUGGCAUCACACAUGAUAACGCACACCGGAGAAAAGCCUUUCAGUUGCUCAGCUUGUGGUAAACCAUUCUCUGACAAAAGUAGCAUGGUAAAACAUAUGAGAACGCACACGGGAGAGAAACCUUUUAGUUGUACACUCUGUGGUAAAAGUUACUCGUAUAAGACAAGUUUGACAGCACACAUGUUGACACACAACAGAGAAUAAACAUUUUCCUUUGCAGUCUGUGCUGAAAGAUUGUCAAUCCAUAGAAGUGUAAAGUCACACGUGAGAAGCACCCAGAAAGCGACGAGCUGCUGUGUGGAGACCACCAGGUUCCCUCAUGAUUUCCUCGUAUGUGUGCAGCUAAGGACAGCAACUGUAUAAAUCCAAUCCAACAUUAUUACCAAUGUUGUUAUUACUUGUGGGAGCCAGAUUACACUUUUGCAUGUUUUGAUAAUAGAUACUUACAGUCUGGCUUCAUGAGGGUGGGGUUAUGCUAAAUUGUGUAGUGAUUAAUAAAAGUCAUGUGAAAACCA